AUGUCCGAUUUAAAAUCAGUUCUUUUAGUAGGAGGUUCGGGAUUCUUAGGAAUCCAUUUGAUCGAACAAUUCUAUAAACACUGUCCUAAUACCGAAAUCCAUGUUUUCGAUGCUCGUCCACUUCCAGAGAAAUUAACCAGUUAUUUCACUGUGGACAUUUCUAAAGUAUCCUGCCAUUUAGGAGAUAUAACAUCAGCUAAAGAUAUUGCUGAUGCCAUUAAAGCUAGUAAAUGUGAUGUUAUUGUCCAUUCAGCAUCUCCAAUGCAUGGAAAUCUGGAAGAAAUCUACCACAAGGUUAAUGUUGAAGGAACGUUGAAUUUGAUCCAAGUAGCCAAAGAUUUGAAAGUCAAAGCUUUAGUAUAUACAUCAUCAGCAGGAGUCAUUUUCAAUGGUGGAGACAUUGUCAAUGCUAAUGAAACUUGGCCCUAUCCUAAAGUUCAUAUGGACGGAUACAAUAAGACUAAAGAAAUUGCUGAAAGAGCCGUUAUGGAAGCCAAUAGUAAAGAUUUAAAGACUGUUUGUUUAAGGCCAGCAGGAAUUUUUGGUCCAGGAGAUAGACAGUUAAUUCCAGGUUUAAGACAAGUAGCUGAAGCUGGUCAAUAUAAAUUCCAAAUCGGUGAUAAUAAUAAUUUAUUCGAUUGGACAUUCGUAGGUAAUGUAGCCGAUGCUCAUGUUUUAGCAGCCAAACAAAUCUUCACUAACGAAAAGAUCGCAGGAGAAACUUUCUUCGUUACCAAUGACGAACCAGGAUAUUUCUGGUCAUUAGCAAGAACCGUUUGGAAAGCUGAUGGAUAUAUUGCCAAAAAGAAUUUCGUCAUUCCUAGACCUUUAGGGUUAGUUAUUGGGUUCAUUGGUCAAAACAUCGCCAAAAUCACCGGGAAAGAAGGAUUGACUGUAUUUAGAGUUAAAAUCAGUUCUGCUAAUCGUUAUCAUGAUAUUACUAAAGCUAAAGACUUAUUAGGUUAUAAACCAGCUGUGAGUAUUGAUCUGGGAAUUCAAUAUACUCUUGAUUGGAUGGAUGAUAUUAAAAAAUUAUAG